AUGCUUGAGGAGGAAUAUGAGGCGCAAAACCACAGUAAGUUUGGUCUUGCACAAGUGAAAGUGAUGAUUCAUUUAUUGAAAGAAAAUAACUAUGAAGACCAUAGACUGACAUUUGGGAAACUAAAAGGCGAGGGGUGGAGUGGUGACUUAAGUCACAGGGUUAGGAAGGAACUGUUAAGGCGCGUCCGAUCAAAUUCAGACCGGUCAUUCCAACCAAUCGAACUCUCUCAUGCAAAUAAGCAGUACAGUACAGGUGGGGGAUUGGUUGCGCUACCUCUUACGUCAUCGGGGGCGCCACAAAGGUUACCUGAGCCGACCGGGGCUAGAAGUAAUAUAGACUCAGCGCGAAGCCGCGAUGAUCUCAGCGACAGUCUGUGCCUUCAGCUACGCCUGCGCACAAAGUCGCCAGCCUUGGGACUCCGGAGAGAGUCUGGCAGCUCCCCCGCCUUCCCCUCCCCUAUCGGGGGAAGAGGCGUGGCCCGGGCGCUGCGGGACCCACCCCAGACGGGGGGAGGCGCCGCGCUGGACGCCAGGCCCGGCCCAGCUCAGGGAGGAGGGGCUGCCCUGCCCGGCGGGGUCACCAUGCUGCGGGCCCUGCUGCGGCGCUGGGCGUCCUACAGGUACCGCUUCGUGCCCUGGAUCGCGCUGCACCUCCGUCACAAGCGCAGGACCAUCCGAUACGUACCAGAAAAGUCCAAAGACAAAAUUAUCUCUGAUGAAGAUGUCCUUGAAACACUGCUGAAAAUCUUUAAAGCUCUGUUCAUAAAUGACUUAAGUAGACAAAUGGACUUAUUUGCCUUACUUCCAGAAGUUAAAUCCAAAUAUCUGGAAUUACUGACUAUUCAGUAUAAGAGAUCAAAAACAACUGGUUACAACCAUCAAAGUCAAAAUAUCUUUAAUCCAGAAGUUGUUCUGUUUAAUACAUUAGGGUUCAGUAUUACUCGAGAUCGGAGUUCACUGAUUUCUGCUGGAACAGGAGUCUUUGUUACCAAAGGUUUUGUGCCAAAAGGGGCAGUUGUAUCUAUGUAUCCUGGUACAGUAUAUCAAAAGUAUGAGCCCAUCUUUUUCCAGUCCAUUGGCAAUCCAUUUAUUUUUAGAUGCAUAGAUGGUGUACUUAUUGAUGGGAAUGAUAAAGGAAUAUCAAAAGCCGUGUACAGAUCAUGCAGCAAGAGGGAUCAACUUGGUCCUUUUCAAAUGAGUGACGUCACUUGGCUCACACCUGCUGUGCUAAAUCCACUGGCAGUAGGGCAGUAUGUUAACAACUGUUCACACAGUAAGUUGGAAGACAAGGCAGCCAACGUCUGUUAUCAGGAGUUUGAUGUGCCUGAAUAUUUUCCAGUAGAACUGAAACAGUAUCUUCCAAAUAUCGCCUACAGCCAUGACAUGCCGAUCCCUUUGAGGUGUGUGGUUCUUGUUGCUCUCAGAGAGAUUAAGCAAGGGGAAGAGCUUUUUUCUAAUUACUACACCAUUGUCAACUGAAUCAAUGAAACCAUGGAUUAAAGAAUUCUUUGCCAUUAAGAUAUUUAUUGUGUGUACACUUGGCAUCUCUGUGUAAUGGAGAGCUGUGCUUUCCAAUAAAAAAUGGGCUACAAAGCUGUAUUUUCAUGUAAAUAUUACUUCAAUUUUGAUACAGUUGUGGAGGUUUGCAGCUGUUUAUGUCAUUAAGUUGACUGGUGCUAAUACUACUGCAAGUAUAAUUGGUUUUCAGCUAACUGCACAAUAGCUCAUUAAAUUAAAAUCUAGUUUCUGAAUAUGCUAGUUCAUCUGUUUUCUCUAUAUGCACAUCACUGUGAUCCAUUUUAAAUCUCAAACCCAUUCUGCUGUUCGUGCUAUAAUGGACAUAAUUUAUAUAAAACAUCUCCUUUCAGUAAA